UCAGUGUGUGGUGACUCGGGCGGAGUCGGCUUUACUAUCGGGAAACGAGCUCAAGCAUCGAGAUAAAGAAUAAAUAAUAAAAAAAAGAAUUUAGCGGGUUGAAAUGUACCACUGCUGUAUGUUACUUCCCUCAAGAAGCGUCGUAUGUGGAUUAUUUUUAGCGUUUGUGGUGGGUGGAUUUGUUGGAGAGCUGCUUAAACUGGAGUUACGGGAAGCGAAGGAGAUUUUCUCGGCCCUGGUUUUCAUGAACGUGUUCCUUACAACUUACUAAAGUUCGCAGAUAUUCUUCAGUUUAUCUCUGUUUUAACCAGUGCUCGGUUUGAGUUACUGUGUAUGAUCCAGAGGAACAGGCCUCACACAGAUGGGAAGAGUCUGUAAGAAGCACCUUGAAGGUGCACCCAAUCAUUGGACUAUUAGUUUCACAUAAUCCACUUAUCCAGACAGACUAUCGAGUGGAUGAUAAUGAUAAUAAAGGCGUAAAGUCUUUGGAUGAAACCUUGUUUUCUUCGACUCUUGCGCCUAUAUAUAAAAAUAUAGGUUUAAAGAACUUUUGUGAACCAUCAUUAUCAUUUUUGUGACACCAGAACUUUACCAUCAAAAUGAGUGCAGAAGGAUAUCAGUACAGAGCGCUAUAUGAUUACAAGAAAGAAAGGGAGGAGGAUAUUAACCUGCAUGUAGGGGACAUUCUUACAGUCAACAAGGGUGCACUACUUGCAGUUGGCUACGUAGAGGGCAUAGAGGAGAGACCAGAAGAAAUCGGAUGGCUGCCUGGCUUUAAUGAAACCACUCAAGAAAAGGGGGACUUUCCUGGUACUUACGUUGAGUUCAUCGGCAAGAAAAAGAUUUCUCCACCAACUCCCAAACCAAGGCCCCCAAGGCCUCUACCUGUGGCUCCGGGGACUGCAAGGCCAGACUCAGACUCUGAGCAAACCUCAAGCACUCUGUUAGACCUGACUGAGCAGUUUACUCCUCCAGAAAUGGCACCGCUUCUACUCCUCAAGCUCCUUGAGGCCAUCGAAAGGAAAGGUCUAGACAACCCUACUCUCUAUAGAAAUUUCACUGCUGGAGGAGGGCUGGAUGUCAGACAAUGCUUUGAUAAUGACCCUGCCAUGGUGGAUCUUGAGCAGAUGGACCUUCAGAUGUUGUGUGAUGGUCUAAGGAGGUAUCUUCAAGAUCUACCUCAGCCUGUCAUCCCACCUAUGAUUUACACUGAGAUGAUGCGCAUCGCUCAAGAAGUGCAGGGUGCAGACGAAUGCGCACAUCACCUGCGGCUGGUGGCCAGCUCCUCUGCACUUCCCCCCCAGUACUGGCUGACCCUGCAGUGUUUGUUGCGCCACUUUUAUCGUAUAUGCCAGGCCUCAGCAGCUAACCUGCUCAGUGCUCGGGCCCUAGCUGAGAUCUUCAGUCCGGCACUCUUCAGACAUCAGCCCACCAGUUGUGAGCCCAGCCCAGAGGCACACAUCAGGAUAAUUGAAGUCUUGGUGACUAGCGAAUGGAGUGACAGUCAGGCAGCUCCUGCACUACCUCCCAAGCCACCCAAACCAACGUCUGUCACUAACAACGGUAUGAACAACAACAUGGCUCUGCAAGAUGCUGAAUGGUACUGGGGGGACAUCUCCAGGGAGGAGGUCAACGAAAAGCUUAGGGACACUGCUGAUGGUACUUUUUUGGUUCGAGAUGCCUCCACUAAAAUGCAUGGGGAUUACACGCUCACACUGAGGAAGGGAGGCAACAACAAGCUAAUCAAAAUCUUCCACCGGGAUGGGAAAUACGGCUUCUCAGACCCCCUGACUUUCAACUCUGUGGUUGAGUUGAUCAACCACUAUCGGCACGAGUCUCUUGCCCAGUACAACCCCAAACUAGAUGUGAAGCUACUGUAUCCUGUAUCUAAGCACCAACAGGAUCAAGUGGUAAAGGAGGAUAACAUUGAAGCUGUUGGGAAAAAGUUGCACGAAUACCACCAGCAGUACCAAGAAAAGAACAAAGAGUAUGACAGACUCUAUGAGGAAUACACUAGAACAUCACAGGAAAUACAAAUGAAAAGGACUGCUAUUGAAGCUUUUAAUGAGACCAUAAAAAUAUUUGAAGAGCAGUGCCAGACGCAAGAACGAUACAGCAAAGAAUAUAUUGAGAAGUUUAGAAGAGAAGGCAACGAGAAGGAAAUCCAAAGGAUCAUGGUCAACUAUGAGAAGUUGAAAUCGCGUAUCAGUGAAAUUGUGGAUAGCAAGCGACGUCUUGAGGAAGAUCUGAAGAAGCAGGCGGCGGACUACAGAGAGAUUGACAAGCGGAUGAACAGCAUUAAGCCUGAUCUCAUCCAGCUCAGAAAGACCAGGGAUCAGUACCUCAUGUGGUUGACACAGAAAGGGGUCAGACAGAAGAAACUCAAUGAAUGGUUGGGAAUCAAAAAUGAAAACCUGGACGAUCAGUACUCAAUGGUGGAUGAUGAUGAGGAUUUGCCACACCAUGAUGAACGCGCCUGGAAGCUGGGUAACAUUAACCGCAACCAGGCUGAGGCUCUUCUGCGGGGCAAGAGAGAUGGAACAUUCCUGGUCAGGGACAGCAGCAAACCUGGAUGUUACGCCUGCAGUGUUGUUGUGGAUGGUGAGGUCAAGCACUGCGUCAUCAACAAGACACCAACAGGAUAUGGCUUCGCUGAGCCCUACAACCUUUACAGCUCUCUAAAAGAACUGGUCUUGCACUACCAGCACACAUCUCUGGUUCAGCACAAUGACUCUUUGAAUGUCACGUUAGCAUACCCAGUCUACGCACACCAGAGGCGGUGAGGACUUGUGAACACACCCUUGGGACUCAUUACAAACACGGGAGUUGAGGAAGGGCCUCCCCUUCAAAUGGAGAUGCCUCCAGAAAGGCUGCUACCGAGGGCUGCUUUUUGCCUUGAAACGGCUUGUCAGAAAGACAAGAAAGCAAAACCCAAAACGAACAUUUCAGCCACUGAGACUUUUUGCCAGUCUGAAUGUAGUUUUAAACUCACUCUCCCAAAAUGGAGGACUUCGGAGGCCUUUUCCAAAUGGUGCUUGUUCAUUUCAAAGCUUUACCCGCUGCUGGAAUGUGGAACAUUGAUUAAAACCUCUGGAGUGUUUUUUUUUUUCUUUUUUUGUACCUCUUCUACACCUUUACCUGCACAGUUCAGGUCCCCUUUUGUGUGUAUGUGUGUGUGUACGAGAGAAUGUGAUGUGACCAAAACUCACAGUAUCUGAAAGCUAUCGGGAUGUUCAACAUGUUGGUGUUAAACUUUCACGAACAGACCAUGGAAUCAGCUGAUCAAAUGUAGCAAGAUGGCACUUUCGAAACAGUAUCUACUAGUUUUCCUGUAAGAGACUUCUACUCAACCUUUGAAAUGACACGUCUCGUCUGUAAUGGCGUGACGAGAAGCAAAUGAGAUGCUUGGCAUUUCCUCUGCAAGCAUUAUAGUGACGGACUCUAAAUCCAUUUCUGCUUUUAUGUAUUGGCAUGAAAGGAAUUUUACGCUGUACAUACAUCAAAAGCUACGUGACGACACCAUAUUGUACCAAAAAAUGCAGUUCCUUCUCAGUUGUAUUCUAAUCUGCUAUGCAAAUUCUGUAUUUUCCGUCUUCUCUGCAGAGUUGUGAUUUUAUUUUACAUGUUGCUACCCAUAAUAUAAACUUGUUUUUAUUGCUUAAAGUCUUUUUGUAUGCAUCUAAGAUGAUAUUUUAAGUCUCAAAAUGCCAAGAAAGGUGACUUCAGUUUUACAGAAGAAGUGAGGAAAAAGUACUUUAUUACAUAUUUCUUUAUCAGCCGCUGGUAAAAUUAAAGAGAGUAUUUUAUUAGUCUUUUUCACUUGGAGCUAAUUUUCUCUUGGGCAGAGCCUGGAGGACAUUAGUGCUGCUUCUGUCUUCAUUAAUAGUGAUAUAUAUCUGAACUAGAGCAAACAUUAAUGAAUAAACCAUGACAUCUGAAAUAACUGCAACUGAAUGAUCAAUACUGCAGGUUCCCAUUUUAAAUAAGACAUUUAUUUCGUGAUAUUCUUCACAAAUUCAACAGCGUAUUGAUUUGAUCUUCUGGAGUGAUGAGAGGGAGAGGGAGGGUGGGGGGUCUAUCAUUUCAUGAUAGACAUGACUCCCUCUCAUUCCUUACUUGUCAACAGUAUUUUUUUCUGUAUCAGAAAAUCGUUAAUAGUGUUUACAUAGAUAGAUCAGCUCAGUUCGACUAGUACCCAACGUUAUAGUUUGUGCCACAAUCUCUAAAACUCAAAAUUUUGCUGCAAAAUCUGGGGAGCCUACCAGCUUGACAUUUACGGCUAGCUACAGUAUUUUCACUUUAUUAUCAGCGACGUCGGUAUUGCUUUUGUCGUCUGCUCUCAUCUCACUUGGCAUGCAUUUGAUGUUUUGCAUAACUAAACAUCAAUGUGACGUCAGUAAUUAAUUUCAUUAAGAUAUUUUGAAAUCGUUUGACUCCUUGUUUUAACUAGGCCCGAUUGCCUUAAAAUUAGUCAGUUAUACGUUUAAGAAGACAUGACUGUUGACUCCACCAUUUUGAAUUUCUUAAAUUGAAAUAAUUGAUGGAAUGGUGAUGGUUUUUGAUGGCACGUCUAUACGCAUAAUAGUCAUACACUAUUAUGUUUUUCCCAACGAGUUCUCAAAUGACAAGGUUAUUAAACCAAGUAAACUAGAUUUUGAUUUGAGGUAAAUAUUGAAACUUCACAUGCCAAUUCUUUUCAAACUUUUACAGCUUGUGAUUUAUAAAAUCUAAGAAUUGAAUUCUUUGAAUUUAUUUCAGUUGAAUCUCUGCAAAUGUCCCUCUAAACCUACACUCAAUUUCCAUGAAAAAAAAGUGUCUUUCAUGGUAUUUUAACUGGGGCUUUUUCCUUUUCUGUCUCCCAUUUUUCUGUUGUUCAAUGUUUUGUGCUAUUUUUUUUUUAUUCACGCUAAAGCCAACAAACUUCCAUGUUUCACAUUAUCGCGAUAGUCUUCUCUCUGCUGCCCCUGUUCUAAGAGUUGUUCAUUUUGUGAAUCCAGUUUUUUCUUUUCUUUUUAAAAUUGUAUAGUGUUGAUUUACAGUCAUUGUUAACACAAUGUUGAAAUUGAGAUUAACCCAGUGUGU